CUUCGAGCUGUUGGGAAAUCAGACUGAUCGAUGUCGCAACGAGGAGGAGGAGGAGGAGCGUCAACCGGAAUCCACUCAGCUUCUACUUCCUCCAUGUACACACACACACACACAGAGACACACACAGAGCUGCUGUAACUUUAUCGCACUUUUUAUUCUUUUGGCUCAGAUUUAACCACAGACUGUCUCCGCGCUUCAGUCAGUCAGUCUGUCCUUCAGUCCAGCCGUCUGUCUGACGCUCACUUCCCUGUUUUGGUUCCUGUAGCGGCUGGUUGCGACAUUUCCACGUACUUCAUUACUUAAUGAGCAUGUGACUUCAGUCCGGGCUCGUUAAUUACCCGGACGGGCUCCUCGCUCAGCUGGAACCCUUCCCGGACCACCGCGGAGCCGCCGCGAUUCCUCCUGGAGAUUUACGGCCGUGACGGAUCCCUGACACCGGGACGUAAAUCAGCGGGGCUGGUGCUAACCGCAGGGCGAGUGUGUGUGUGUGUGUGUGUGUGAAAGAGAGAGAGAGAGAGGUGUGACACCGUCCUGCUGAGGACUCUCUCUCCCUCUCACACACACACAGACUAUACGCUUUAAGACCGGGGAAACACCCCAGGGUCCCGUCCAGCCGUGGAUCCGCUCCGCCCACACCCAGUUGAGCUCCGCCCGUCCGCCGGGACGCGCUGCUGUACAAGCUCUGCUUCCUCCCGACCGGACAGACACCUUCGGACUCUGCUGUUCAUGGCGGGCUUCGUCUCCACCCUCCUCCUGCUCCUCCUGCUCAUCGUGGUGCUCAGGGUUGUGCCAGCUGUCAGUCAGUCCAGCGACCUGUCAGAGACCACCUGUUAUGACUGGGGCGAGUCCAGUAAGGGGGCGGUCUCGGUCCUGGAGGGGGAGGUCGGCUGGCUCUCUUGUGAUCUCUUCUCUCAUCCCUCUGUCUACAACUACACCUCCACCCAGAGCGCCGGGCACAACCUCGUCUGGUACCGUCUUCCUGAGGGUCAGGACCUGGAGCAGCCAAUCACGACCAGCUCGCGGAUCAUUAAAGACAAAGAGAGACUGUGGCUGCAGCCCGCCGCCGCCUCCGACGGCGGACAGUACAUCUGCAUGCUGCGUAACAAGACGUCCUGCACUAAGAUCGCCAUGCGUCUGAAGGUGUUGCAGCCCGACGAGGUGGUUCGCAUCGCCGACUGUGAGCCGCCGGCUGCCAUGGCAACAAGUCAGAUGAUCAUCCCUCUGCAGAGCGGGAAGGUGAUGAACUGUCCAGAUCUUCAAGAGGCCGUCAAGAUGGCCGACAGCGAGCCAACUGUCACCUGGAUCCACGUGAUACCACAGAGCUCGCGGUGUGAACAGCCUCCGUUCUGGAACAACAACCGGCAGCAGACCGGAACCAGUCUGCAGGUUCACAUCAUGUUGGAUCCAUAUCAGGGUUUAUAUUACUGUAAAGUCCACUUCCAGAGGGGAGGCAAAGCACUCGAGUUCACCAGGAGAAUCAACGUCACCGCAGUCUAUCCAAAUUCUACACCCAAAGAACCCACCAUCCUCCACCCGGCCAAAGACCAGGUCUUCGCUGUCAAACAGGGCGCGGACGUGAUUCUGGUUUGCAAAGCUCUGUUCCCUCAUCUGGAGACGUGGGGGGACAUUUGGUGGACGGUUGAUGGGAUGAUGCUGGACAAGCUUCCAGACCGCCGUCGAUUCUCCAGCACCAACAGCGAGGUGAACUACGACUACGGCAACCGGAUCAUGGAGAGCAAGCUGGUGAUCCAGGACUUCCAGUCUGAAGACCUGAACCGAGAGUUUAACUGCUCGGUGAGGAACGAGAGAGGCUUCGAGACCCGCAGGACUCAGCUGGAGGAGGAUGUGUCGCUGCCGUCGGUGGAGCUGGGCUGCGGUCUCGGCGUCACUCUGGUCCUCAUGCUGCUUCUGUUCGUCGUUUAUCACGUCUUCUGGUUGGAGCUGCUGCUGCUCUAUCGCUCGUGGUUCGGCACCGACGAGCGGCACACAGAUGAUAAGGAGUACGACGUGUACAUCUCGUAUGCGAGGAACAGCGAGGACGAGCAGUUCGUCCUGUCGACGCUGCGCAGCGUUCUGGAGAACGAGCUCGGAUACUCAGUGUGUAUCUUUGACCGAGACAGUCUGCCGGGAGGGACCAUCACUGAUGAGACUCUGAGUUUCGUGGCACGUAGCCGGCGCCUCCUGGUGGUUGUUAGCCCAGGCUAUGCCUCUCAGGGCUCCCAGGCCCUGCUGGAGCUAAAGGCUGGCAUCGAUGGCAUGGCACUGGGCGGGCACCUGCGGGUGAUCCUGAUCCAGUACAAGCCAGUCCGGAGGCAGGGCUGGGUCAGGGAGCUGAGGAGGGCCCGGGUGGCCCUGGCACUGGUCCGAUGGCAGGGGGACAAGUCCAGGCAGCUGACGUCCCGCUUCUGGAAGAGGCUGAGAGUAGAGCUACCUGUAAGGAGGGUUAGCAGGGAGGAGGAGGAAGGGAGUAAUAAGGAUGUGGCCCUGAUGAGGCUGCACAGUCAGAACAGCACAAACUCCCAAACAGGCCUCAUCAGCAACACUGUCAAAGACCCGCAGAAGGUCCUGAACUCUGCAGCGUAGCCAUGAUUUAGCUCUGCAGUCUGUCCAUACAGUGCUUGAGAGUCAACUUACUACAAUAAUUUUUCACUCUCAUACUAAUUUUCAGUGUUUUUCUACAAAACGUUAUUCACAUUUAACAAGACUGAAGUGUACAAGAUCCUCUGUGAGGCUCUAUUGCAACUUAUAACAUCAGAGGACACAUCACAUCAGAUGCUCACAUGUCUUUGGUCUUGCAGGUAUUUGAUGAUAGCCUUGAAGAAAAUUUUGACCUGGUGUUGGUGCUAGAUAGAAGGUCAGGUUAUAUACCCUAUAGGUGUUUACAGUUUCUCCUCUGGUCCUUACAAUAAUUUGUUAAACCCAAAUAUGUUAAUCUCAUGAUGGCAACAGAGAAACAGUCUGGGGUGGCCAAAGUUCAACCACUUUGUUUGUAAAACUCAUGUUAAGUCACACACUUUUGAUGUAUAUGAGUCCCAAACUGCAAUACCCCUUCAUAACCAGCAGGAAAAUACAUGCAUCUAGACUUUGCUUAACAAUAUGCUCAUUUCUGUGUCAACAUAAGGUUUUCAUAAACAAUAAUAAGGUUUCUAUAAAUAUGUGAUUUUAUGCUUUGGUCCUACUUCAAAUCAAAAUUGAAGUCUGGCUCCAGUACAUUUCUUGGUUGUCCAGUCUAGUAGGUUGUCAGAUAGCAAAGAGCUGGCUGGAAAAGCAAACAGUCAGAAGUGUUCCACGUCCUCAUUUCAUGAACUCAGCUUCAGUAUUGGUUGUCCUCUCAUGAUCAGUAUCAUUACCAUCAAUCACUUUCCAAUCUGCACACUACCAUCACUUUGUCACUCUGUACUUUUUAUUACUGUAUUGUCUAUCCAAAUAACAGAGCAUUUUGUUACCUUCAUGAAGACUGACUACAGUAUUUUGAUGAACUGGCCAAAGCCUUUAUCAGUCUGUAACAUAGAAAUAAAGGUGUGUAUCAUCUGCAUAGAGAUUUACAGCCUCAUCUGCAACAGUUUAAAAAAGCACCAAACUGUUAGAGGAAACACAGACUCACUAACCAAAUAUCCACAUACUGCAACAUUUCAUAUAUUAGUAAAAGAAGAUGUAUUUACAGAGUAAGACUACCUAACUGUUACUUUAAGAUGUUCUGCACUUUCUGUAUUUUUGAUGUUGUUUUUGUCACUGUUCCCAAUCAGUGUGUCAACAAUAAAUCAGCUGUAUCAAGUUAAUACUUUUUUUCUGCAGAGCAUACACAAUGUUAUAUGUCUUUCAAACACUUUUGUAAUGGGAGAAUGUAUCUUGCACUUUGUUAUGCUAUAAUUUUUUGCAUUUUACCGUAUUUCAUCUAUUUUUGUAAUAAAUUAAUUUUUUCAUCUAAA